AUGUGGACUUCGAAAAACACUCUAAUAAACUGGUUUAUUCUAAUUUCAGGAUCCUUAAUUAACAAAGUGUCCGCAGAACAGUGGAACCCGGGGAACUUCAGUAUCGCACCUAACAACAUAUCGGUGGGGGCGAAUAUAACAAGUGACUUUUCUUUAUCUCACAAUGAUAGCGGCCUCUUAGACAUCUCAUACCUCCACCUUAAUCCGCCAGAAGAACUCGUUGAAACUUACGAACAGUAUAAUACUGCUGUUAGUGACGGGGACUUCUCCAGUGGUAUGGCGGCCUACUUCAAGUUAGCAGCCAUGAUCACUAAUCACACAGAGCUGAUUACUGACAUUGUUAAUGAUAAGAAAUACUACAACCUCUAUGUAACAGAUGAGGUUGUUAAAGCAGCUGAAGAAUAUGCAACCAAGCAUGGCGGCGAUACUGAGGCAAUCGAGCUCUUUGAAGCCUACCUGGGCGCCAAACCUAACGCUACAAAUGCGUUUUGGUGCAACAUUGUUUCGGAUGGCGAUAAUACUACUGAGUCAUUCUACUUGGGAAGCAAACCUCUUUAA